UUGGGGUCCCUUUGGCUGCACGCUACGCACGCACUUUUCUCGCCUUGGUUCGCUUCGCUUUGGCCUUGGUAUAAGUUAGUUGGUUCGCUUUUUUGUUCUAGUUGGAAUUUCCCCUUGCUAGGCUUUUCUUUUCGCACGCGAUCCUGUACACGCCCCCCUUGUUUAUUCCUAACUUACUUUAGUCCCCCCUUUUCUCGAUGAGACGUUACAGUACCUGCGGGUAGCUUAUCUGUGUUCAACGGCGGCGGUUUAUAAGGCUGCGAGCAUUGUGUCCAGAUGCAUAGCAGAAUAGUACAUAUAGGCAGUGCUCCUUGACGAUGACUGACUCAUUGACUCUCGCUCAAUGAAUGAAUGGUAUUUAUUGAGUAAUUCUCUCCUGACUCGAGUUACAUUAUAACCCUUGUCUAUAUCAUGAAACUCUAUCCAACAUUUGUAUCCAUAUUACAUAUGCGCAGUAGAUGCAUGCAUGGACCUCGAGCAGCGCCGUAGAAUACAACUUCACCCAUAACUUCUCACAUUUCUUUCCCCCUUUCCUCGCAUCCAUGGAUCCCGGCUGUAGAUCCCCUCGAGUAUCUAUCUAACGUUAGGCUGUCGGGGCCAUCAACACCAACCACAUCCAUACAUACAUACGCAUACGCAUACGCACACACCACACACUGGCCUCUCGCCAAUCUAUAGAUCUGCUGGAUAUAUCGCUUUUUGCCCCCUCCACUUGGCAUUGCUGAAAGCCGAGAGACAUGAUCAGGCCACUUCCGUCCACUCUACGGUACGGUACCUCCUUGUUAAUAAGCUAACAUGCACUACACAUGUACGUCAGGCGCUUCCAUGUCUUGUGUUACCCGACCUUUCCCAUCUCUACCCUUUGCCUUGCCCAUCACCACCAUCACCCAAUCUACAAUCCUUGCUUGCCUUUGGGCUCUUUUGUUAUUCACACCCUUGACUUGGACUUGGGACUAUCCGCCUAGAUUAGCGUCUGUAACACAGCGACACGACUCGACCACCCCCAUCUGCAGUAUGUAUAUAUGUAUGUAUUACUCUGCGCAACACAACCCUACCACGGCACGCCACCCACGCUUAACCAGGUUUAAGCAUCAUUCCCAUGUGUCUUGAUCGAGUUUCCCUCUUCUGAAAAGAGAUAGGGCUGACUUGUGACCCGACAGACCGGUUCACUAAGUCUUUGUCGCAUUAUGAAAUCGUUUUGAGGACUUGAGUGUAUGUAAUUCAUCAUCGCCAGUUUAGUCCUUGUUCCGCACUUUUAUUCAUUCAAGACUCAAAUGACAAUAUCACUGUUCACGGAGAUGGCACAAGCUUCAGAUUAACUUUUUUUCAACACCUGUGGCUUGAUUUACUCGUUUAACAGACUGCAAGUUACCACCAUGCGAGUCAUAUAUUGUCGAUGUAUCUAUUCGUAUCCCCCUGAUUGGCCAUUCGACAAGUUUAGAAUGAGACCGUCUCGUAUAAAAAAACAUAUCUUCGAUCCCAUUCACACCAUUGUCCACACAUAUGCGAAAGCAAAUGGCGGCCAUGCCC